AUGACUACCGCUUUCCAAGAUGGUAACACUCAAAACAGUGCCUCUUUGGAGACACCAGCGGAAUCAUCCCAACCAUCAUCUCCCUCGGCAUCUUCCGUAUUUAUGGAUGAUGAGUUGGCCAAUCGAAAGUGGUUUUCACGUUCCCAUGAUGAUACUGUCCUUGACCGAGUUCGCAAAGCUGCCGAACAAGAAGAUCAAAUCGAUCCGGAAGAGGAAGUGAUGGAGGAUGCGGCUAAUGCGUUUCAAAAUGCAAGAUUUCGACAUUGUGAAUUAGCACUCUUGCUUCAACAGAUUAAAGAGAGGAAUGAUCUAUCUUUGAAGGAGACGAGAAAGGAGUUUGAGGAGCUGAUGAACGAUAUUAAGAAGGCGGAGGAAGAGUUCGAGGAGGUGAUGAAGAAGAUUAAAGAGUCGGGAGAAAUGAGCGGGCCAAUAAAGAAGUUUAAGAGAGAUUGGAGAUUUAGCAUCAGUGAAUAG